CUGGACUUGACUUCUCAUGAUGGGAUAGAGAGUCCAUGAGUUUAUAGCUGAUCACCUCAAUUUAUGAUUGAUAUUACACCAGAUUACUGCUUCAGUUCAUUUGGCCUUUUUGACGGAGGACUGGAUAGCAUUUUAGCAGGCAAUUAAUUACUGGCGCAGGAAUUGAGCAUUUCCUAGACGCGUCUCUUCCAUUUACGCGUUUAAUCAUUUAAACUAAAGCAUUUCAACACUUCAAACUUUGUACACAUAGCGACAAAUCAAAAUGGCAGCGCAACAAAACUCAGACUAUGAACUCUUAACAGAGCAUUUUGGAUACCCUCCAGUUUCCCUCCUCGACGACAUCAUCAACACUGUCAAUGUCCUCGCCGACCGUGCCCUCGACUCAGUCGAACGUCUUCUUCUCUCCAUUCCACCGCAAUCAUUAGGGUUCUCCAACAAACAUGCCUCGAAAGAUGGAACGCCGGCUCUACCACCCGACGAGGCAGCCAAGCUAGAGAUCGAACAUGGCACACACCAGCUCGAGACUCUUCUCAACGCGUCCAUCGACAAGAACUUCGAUUUGUUCGAGCUAUACACGAUGCGCAAUAUCCUAACAGUGCGGCCAGAUGAUCAACCAUAUAUGCGUCUGGCGCACUACGAGGGCUUGGAUUUCUCUGGGUCAGAAGGUCCAGAUAGGCCAACGACCGAGUCUGUGACUGCGCUGCGGAGGAGAUUACAUGCUAGCCAGCGACUACACACAGCACUCGAGUCUGAGAGAGCCCGAAAUGAUGCGCUGCUUGGCAAAUUGAGGUCUGUGCUGGGUGUUGUGCCUGGCAAUGUAAAAGCAGAAGAGGGACAGGCUCAGGCACCAGACGGUUCAGCCUUUGGAUUCUUGCGCGACAAGACAAGUCUUCAGGCCGCUGGAGCCGACAAGCCCAUCGCGACGACAACAGAAUUCACCCUCUCACAAUUACAAGCCCUCCGCGCUCUAUCAACAUCACUACGCACAUUGCUUCCUGACCUUGGUCCCACGGAUGCAGAUACCUCAAUGGAGGACGCCUCAAGUAGCUCACGUACAUGGAGACGCGAGCGUGUGGAAUAUGUGGAGGGUGCAUCGCGGAAAUAUCUCGAGACAGCUAGAGGUCUGGAGCUGGGAGAUCAGGGCGAGGUACGUGACGGUGAGUGGCAGGGAGAAGGACGCAAAAUUACGAGAAGCGAUGUUGAGGGGCUGGAACAAGUGGCUGCUAUGCUUGGGCAGAAGUCAACGACGACAGGCGAAGCUUCUGGUGAAGGAGAACCGAUGGAUCAGUCAUAGGUUGAGAACUGCAUCUUUGAUAUGUCAAGUUUAGUUGGUGAUUUGAAAGGCGUUGGGCGAACGAAGAAAACGGUCUAUAUCAUAGUCUUGGCG